AUGAUUGAGGGGCGGAUUCAGAAAAUGAACAGGAUUCAGGAAGCUGUUGAGCUCAGCAGAAACAACUCAGAAAUUGAAGCCCAAGAAGGUCUGCAUAUUUUCACCAAACUCCUUCAGCUAAUCCAGAAAGACCACGCUGAGCUGAGGGAGGUGAUCAACACCAAACAAAAGCAAGUGGAAUCCAACGCCAAAGGAGUCAUGUUAGAACUAGAGCAAGAAAUAAAUGAGCUACGCAAGAGAAGCACACAACUAGAACAUCUGUCAAAUACUACUGACAAUCUAUACCUUCUCAAGACCUUUCCUGCUCUGUCCCAGCUGCCUGACCUCAAGGACCGGUGUGACACUGUAGUCAAAAGUGCUGUCUACGUUGGAACAUUGAGGAGAGCUAUCCGCAAAGUAGGCUCCAAGAUUGAUGAGAACAUUAAGGAUGAAGUUAAAAGAUUGUGCACCACGGAGUUCCAGCGGGCACAACAAUACGCUGUCAAUGUAAAUUUGGAUCUUGACACGGCUCAUCCCAAGUUGGUCCUGUCCGAAGAUAGGAAGCAAGUAUAUCACAAUGACAUUGCUCUCAAAGUACCUGAAAAUCCCAAGAGGUUUUACCCCUGUGUGAGUGUUUUGGGUAAAGACGGUUUCUCAUCCGGUAGGUUUUACUUUGAAGUUGUGGUGAAGGGGAAAACAGAGUGGGAUAUUGGAGUCGGACGGGAAUCUAUGAACAGAAAAGGUGGGAAUACAUUGAAUCCUGAGAACGGAUACUGGGCUUUGGGAAUGAGGAACCCAAAGAGCUACUGGGCACUGAACAGCACCCCCAUCGUGGUGCCGCUGGUCAGCACGCCACAGAAAAUGGGAAUCUAUGUCGACAUGGAGGGAGGGCAAGUGUCGUUUUACGAUGUGGACACUGCCUGCCACAUUUACUCCUUUACUGGGUACUCAUUCACAGAAAAACUAUUCCCCUACUUCAACCCCCGUCGUAACCACGGAGGUACCAACUCUGCACCUCUCAUCAUUUCUCUCAUCAGCGUUUGA